GGGGGAAAAAACCCACCGGCCACCACCCCCAAAUUGGCGGUUCCCUUUGAUCCCCCCCACUCCCAACCUCCUCCGCAUCCCCACCUCCAAAUCACCAUCGCGACACGGCCGAUCGCCAUCUUUUCCGAGCAGUUACGUCAUCCGCCAGCGACGAUCUCCCGACGUGCUCUCCUCCGACCGUCUAAAACGCCUCUUCCCCCACCGAACACCGCAACUACUGUACGCCCUAAUUUUCCAGACCUUGGGUGCCACCCGAUCAGCAUCUUCAUCUUCUCCCCAGUCGCUUCCUUCGCUACAGAAUCUGUCAAUACUGCUUACGAAGAACUGAUCGAUUCACGCUGGAUUCCGAAAUCGCCUGCCACAUCUGCUGUUCAAAGCGCGGUUCACAUCGCGCAGAAGCUCUCCCGCCAUCAAAAUCGACUCACCCGCAGAGAUUCCACACCCGAAUUUCCUCAAUGGAUCGCGUUCCAGACUCAAUUGCAUCUAUGCCUGCCACCACUCAAUUGCUCGCUUUUCCAGUCAUCCGAUUCUGUCAGUGAAACAACGGCUCGAAGCACGCCGGACUGCGGCAGGGCUUCCACCAGAAAUUCGACUCUGCUCACUGGAUUGCUAGGUCCAGGACACAAGCUGCCGCUGCCAUUUCUGGGUUUCGCUUUGGAGCCCAGUGUCUUCUAA